AUGGCCACCCAGAUCUGCACCCCGACCUUCUCCACUGGGUCAGUCAAGGGCCUCUGUGGCACGGCAGGUGGCAUCUCUCGGGUGUCCUCCAUCCGCUCUGUGGGCUCCUGCAGGGUCCCCAGUUUUGGAGGUGCUGCGGGGUCCGUCUCUUCUGCUAGGCUGGGCCUCUCUGGCCUCGGGAGCUGCUUACCUGGCUCCUACCUGUCCUCUGGGUGCCACCCCUCUGGCUUUGUUGGGACUGGGGGCUGGUUCUGCGAGGGCUCCUUCAACAGCAACGAGAAGGAGACCAUGCAGUUCCUGAACGACCGCCUGGCCAACUACCUGGAGAAGGUGCGCCAGCUGGAGCGGGAGAACGCGGAGCUGGAGCGCCGCAUCCGGGAGUGGUACGAGUCCCAGAUCCCCUACAUCUGCCCCGACUACCAGUCCUACUUCAAGACCAUCGAGGACUUCCAGCAGAAGAUCCUGCUGACCAAGGCUGAGAACACCAGGCUGGUCCUGCAGAUUGACAAUGCCAAGCUGGCGGCCGACGACUUCCGGACCAAGUACGAGACUGAGCUGUCUCUACGGCAACUGGUGGAGGCCGACAUCAACGGCCUGCGCAGGAUCCUGGACGAGCUGACCCUGUGCAAGGCCGACCUGGAGGCUCAGGUGGAGUCCCUGAAGGAGGAGCUGAUGUGCCUGAAGAAGAACCACGAGGAGGAAGUCAGUGCACUGCGUGGCCAACUUGGGGACCGACUGAAUGUGGAGGUGGACGCUGCCCCACCUGUGGAUCUCAACAAGGUCCUGGAUGAGAUGAGAUGUCAGUACGAGGCCCUGGUGGAGAACAACCGCAGAGACGUGGAGGCCUGGUUCAACACCCAGACCGAGGAGCUGAACCAGCAGGUGGUGUCCAGCUCGGAGCAGCUGCAGUGCUGCCAGACGGAGAUCAUCGAGCUGAGACGCACGGUCAACGCCCUGGAGAUCGAGCUGCAGGCCCAGCACAGCAUGCGGAAUUCCCUGGAAAACACGCUGGCGGAGACGGAGGCCCGCUACGGCUCCCAGCUGGCCCAGAUGCAGUGCCUGAUCAGCAACGUGGAGGCCCAGCUGGCCGAGAUCCGCUGCGACCUGGAGCGGCAGAACCAGGAGUACCAGGUGCUGCUGGACGUGAAGGCCCGGCUGGAGUGCGAGAUCAACACGUACCGCCGCCUGCUGGAGGGCGAGGACUGCAAGCUUCCUGCCCACCCCUGUGCCACGGAGUGCAAGCCUGCCGCUAGAGUUCCUUAUGUCCCCUCCGUGCCCUGCGCCCCGGCCGUUCCCUGCACUCCGGCCCCCCAGCUCAGCGCUCAGAUCCGCACCAUCACUGAGGAGAUCAGGGACGGGAAGGUCAUCUGCUCCAGGGAGCACCUGCAGCCCCGGCCGCUGUGAGCGCCUGGCGAGAGCAGGGCCUGCGCCACGGGGAGGAGGACACCCCUGUGGUUCCUGGCUGAUACAUGACCACACCCUCCCCUAGAGGGGACCCCCACCCUCCCGCUUGGCAAGUUUUUCUACCAAAAUACUUCUCGUAUUGUGUUUCUGAACUUCACUAUGCUUUUACGCCAUGCAAAACCAGGUUUCCUGAAAAUUUACCCAAUAAAGUGUGUCCUCUUGGCAUAGCAAA